GUGAAGGAGACCGUGCGUGGAGGGCGCAUGCGCGGUGCGGCCUAGCUCGGGGCUUGCGGCCUAGUUGUGGAGGGGAGGCCGGCUCGCCCCUCGCGCCGAGAUGCCGGCCAAGAUCGAGCUGCCCUCGCUGGAGGAGCUCCAAGUGCAGGAGGUGAAGGUGAGCUCGGCAGUCUUGAAAGCGGCUGCCCACCAUUAUGGCUCCCAGUGUGACAAGCCUAACAAGGAGUUCAUGCUUUGCCGCUGGGAGGAGAAGGACCCCCGGAAGUGCUUGAAGGAAGGCAAGGAAGUGAACAAGUGCGCCCUGGAUUUCUUCAGGCAGAUCAAGCUGCACUGCGCGGAGCCAUUUACCCAGUACUGGACCUGCGUGGACUACACGGGUCUGCUGGAGCUGCGCCACUGCCGGAAACAGCAGCAGGCCUUUGACGAGUGUGUGCUGGACAAGCUGGGCUGGGUGAGGCCCGAACUGGGCCAGCUGUCAAAGGUCACCAAAGUGAAGACCGAUCGGCCGAUCCCUGAGAAUCCCUAUCAUUCUCGGGAAAGACCGCCUCCAAACCCGCCUAUUGAAGGCGAACUGAAGCCCGCUAAAUACGGGAGUCGGAUGUUUUUCUGGAACUGGUGAAGGGGAGCGUUGGUCAAGGGACCUGGGCUGUCUCCAAACAGGAAAUUAUACCUUGUGGGAUGUUAAUUGCUCUUUCCAAGUAUGUAUCAGACACUUCUAGUCGGUGGUGAUUAAAUAUAUAUUCUUCAAACAA